UGUGGGUGUUGUGAAGUUGAGUCUUUCGAGCUCCUACCAAAUCGAAUUUCAGCAAACAGAAGUUAUGCCUUUUUUUAUUUUUUCCUAAAUCCUUAGCGUUUUAUUCUUUUCUUCAUGCCUCAUCUUUUCAACCAGUUUAUCAUUGUUAUUAUUAUUAUUAUUACUACAAUAAUGACCAUUAUAAAUUCUACCCCUGCUUCACUUCCUGAAUCAUUUAUUACUAGUAAUAUUGUUGUUACUAAUACUCCUGUAGCUACUACCUCUGCUAAUUAAUAUUACUACCACUACUAGAACCCCCUCCCUUUAAACUCAAACUUAGUCAGUAAGACUAAAUGACAUAUUUCUCUGGGGUUGAAAAAUUAUUAGACUAAUUAUUGUUAUUAUUAUUAUUUCUGCACUUCUUUGUAAUCUGUAGGAGGAGGUGGACAAAUAUAGAAGGAAUAUAAGUAAUAAUAAGUAUUCUGAACAACAUACGUGUGUAUGCGUACCUCAUUUGACUGCAGUAUAUAAAUAUAUAAAUACAUCUGUUUAACCAGCUUACUUCUUAUUAAAUAAUACUACACAGACAAACUUGUCAUAUUUUUCGCCUAAAGACAAACAAAAAAAAACACUGUCAACUUAGGACUUGAAUAGAAGUUUCGUCUCUAUUUUUGUAUAUCCAUCCAAAUAAAACAAUUUCUACAACAUGAUGAAUACGAGUGAAUUUCAUUUUAAGAAAUUAUUUACUGGACGUUUAUUAUUUAUUUGUCUGUUCAGUAUAUUGGUUAUCAGUGGGAUCAGUAAUGCUAAUCCUAGACAUCAAUCUACGUAUGCUCAACACACGAUGCCUCAGCAUGCAAGUCGCGGACACUAUGUUUUCACUGAAUCAGAAGAUAAUGAUCCAAGAAUCCAUGAAAUGGAGACAAGUGGUAACGAAAGACACCCGGAUUUUGGUCCAGCGGGAUUCAAGCGUAAUUUCGAUCCUAUAAUGUUCAAACGUUCCUACUUCGAUCCUAUAAUGUUCAAACGUUCCUACUUCGAUCCCAUAAUGUUCAAACGUUCUUAUUUUGAUCCUAUAAUGUUCAAACGUUCCUAUUUUGAUCCUAUUAUGUUUAAACGCACCUACUUUGAUCCUAUAAUGUAUAAACGCAACUCUGAAUAUCAUUCUGAUUAAAUGAGGAAAG